ACAAAACAACUCGGCUGGACAUUCGUUAUAAAGACAAGAUAAUCCACCGGAUGUGGAACCAGCGGCUGCUGAGGAAAUCUCGUUUUUGAGAACAGACUCUAAAGGUUGUGGCAUGUGGGUUGAGUGAUCUACGAGGGAAUUUGGGUGAUGGCUCUGAUUGGCUUUCUGGUGGUGGCAGUGUGUGGAUCGCUGGUUGCUUGGGCGGAUCAGCUGAAGCACGCCCGGACACCUUUGUUACCCCAUCGGCCGUUUGUGGUGGUGUGGAAUGCACCUACUGAAUCCUGCCGUCUUCGAUUCAAGGUUGAUUUGGACCUUAGCGUCUUCGACAUUGUUGCAAACCACAACGAAACCUUGAGCGGCCCCAACGUGACCAUCUUUUACCACAGUCACCUGGGAUAUUAUCCUUACUACACCAGCUCUGGCAUUCCCAUCAACGGAGGCCUUCCUCAGAACCAAAGCCUGAGCAAGCACCUCAGCAAAGCUCGAGCAGACAUCGAUAAGCUCAUACCUUUCAAGGACUUCCACGGGCUUGGUGUCAUCGACUGGGAAGACUGGCGACCACAGUGGGUUCGCAAUUGGGGAUCGAAGGACAUCUACCGGAACAAAUCCAAGGAGCUUACAAGGAAACUGCAUCCUGAUUGGCCACAAAGUAAAGUAGAGAAUGAAGCAAAGGAGCUCUUUGAGAGAGACGGACAAGCAUUCAUGAACUCAACACUGGUGCUAGCUGAGAGUCGACGACCACAUGGCCUUUGGGGGUUUUACCUGUUUCCUGACUGUUACAAUUAUGGCUACAAGCAGCAUCCAUUGCGUUACACAGGAGAGUGUCCUAAUAUAGAGCCUGUGCGCAAUGAUCAUCUAAUGUGGCUGUGGAAAGAGAGUACAGCCCUCUAUCCUUCCAUCUAUCUCGACUAUGAGCUCAAGUCUUCAGCUAAUACUGUCAAAUUUGUGCACUAUCGUGUCAAGGAGGCCAUGCGGAUUGCCUCUAUUGCUAGGAAUGACUAUACAUUGCCUGUUUUUGUUUAUUCCAGACCCUUCUAUGCAUACACAUUUGUUGUCCUAUCAGAGAGUGACCUGGUCCACACUAUAGGAGAGAGCGCAGCACUGGGGGCCGCAGGGGUGGUCCUGUGGGGCUCAUCUGAAUAUGCACGAUCUCAGAGAAACUGCCUGACAGUCAAGAAGUACAUUGACGGUCCACUGGGUCACUAUGUGAUCAAUGUGACCUCAGCUGCUAAGUUGUGCAGUAAGGCCUUGUGCAAGAAGAACGGCAAAUGCAUCCGUAAGAGCCUGGACUCUGGGGCCUACCUGCACCUCAACCCUCGCUUCUUCAGCAUCCGCCUCAACCACAGCAUCCGUGGACCACGCUUCCACGUCAGCGGCCACCUCAACAACCACGAUAUCCUGGACAUGAAGCAAAAGUUCACCUGUCAGUGUUACCAGGGCUGGACAGGAAUCUACUGUGAAAUGCCUCAGACAGCACAACCUGUCCCGUCCCACCCGAGAGACAGCGUCCUGGGAGAACUACUGCUGGUCCUGUCCCUUCACUUCUCCUGUCUGUCUGUCAUCAUGUUCUUGGGUCUGUGUCUCAUUAUUAAGUGUCUGAUACUGUAAAGUGCUGUGUAGAUGGGGAUUUGGACUGUAUCUGUUUAAUAAAAAAGACAAGGAAAUAAAGUUAAUUGUAGCUGUAUCUAAAGUGACCUCGUUUUCUCUGUUAAAACGGAUACUUAAAAUAGAAGACUGAUCUGAUUGGAUCUGAGACAAUCAUACAGCACAACCAAUAUAAUCCACAUUGUGAUAAUUGAAGAGAGACCGUUUUAUAUUGCUCCCGCCCAUAUUCGCAGCGGUGUCCGAAAUAAUUUUGCACAUUUAAAGUCUAGUGUGACCGCCCCUUCAGACGCGCGUCAAUUUUGCUUCAAACUUUUG